AUGCAACCAAGCCCCGUCGCGUCCCCCGGGCCUUCCCGCUCUUUCAAGGAGGAGCUGCUCUGCGCAGUUUGUUACGACCCCUUCCGCGACGCCGUCACUCUGCGUUGCGGCCACAACUUCUGCCGCGUGUGCGUGACCCGCAGCUGGGAGGUGCAGGUGGCGGCCACCUGCCCGGUAUGCAAGGAUCGCGCCUCCCUAGCUGACCUCCGCACCAACCACACCCUCAACAAUCUGGUGGAGAAGCUACUGCGCGAGGAGGCAGAGGGUGCACGCUGGACUGGGCACCGAUCCCCGCGACUCUGUCGCCGGCACCGCGCCCAUUUCAACCUCUUCUGCGUCGAGGACAAGGAACUGCUGUGCUGCUCUUGUCAGGCUGACCCCCGGCAUCAGGGACACCGCGUGCAGCCAGUGAAGGGCACUGCCCACGACUUUCGGGCCAAGUGUAAGAACAUGGAGCAUGCACUGCGGGAGAAAGCCAAGGCCUUCUGGGCCAUGCGGCGCUCAUAUGAGGCCAUUGCCAAGCACAACCAGAUGGAGACUGCCUGGCUGGAAGGUCGAAUCCGACAGGAGUUUGAUAAGCUUCGAGAGUUCUUGAGGGUGGAGGAGCAAGCCAUCCUGGACUCCGUGACUGAGGAGGCCAGGCAGAAGCAAGUUCUGGCGGAGGAGAAGAUGAAACAGCUUGCGGAAGAGACGGAGACACUGGCACAUGAGAUUGAGCGGCUACAGAUGGAGAUGAAGGAAGAUGAUAUUUCUUUUCUCAUGAAGCAUAAGAGUCGAAAACGACGACUCUUCUGCACCAUGGAGCCAGAACCCGUCCAGCCUGGCAUGCUUAUUGAUGUCUGCAAGUACCUGGAUUCUCUGCAGUACCGUGUCUGGAAGAAGAUGGUCACGUCUGUUGAAUCUGUGCCCUUCAGCUUUGAUCCAAACACGGCAGCUGGCUGGCUGUCAGUCUCAGACGAUCUCACCAGUGUCACCAACCAUGGCUACCGGGUCCAGGUGGAGAAUCCAGAGCGCUUCACCUCGGCGCCCUGUCUCCUGGGCUCCUGUGUCUUUUCCAAGGGUUCUCAUGCCUGGGAGGUCGACCUGGGAGGGCUGCAGAGCUGGCGGGUGGGUGUGAUGCGGUUGCCCCAGGACACUGGCACAGAAGGACACUCACAUAGCUGUUACCAUGACAUACGCUCAGGCUUCUGGUACAUGUGCCGAAUGCAGGGGGUGGAGGGUGACCACUGCAUGACCUCAGACCCAACCACACCUCCCCUGGUCCUGGGCAUCCCACGCCGCCUGCGAGUAGAACUGGAGUGUGAGGAGGGCGAACUGUCCUUCUAUGAUGCCGAGCGCCACUGCCACCUCUACACCUUCCAUGCCCGCUUUGGGGUGGUGAGGCCAUACUUCUACCUGGGGGGCAUGCAGGUGGAUGGGCCCCCGGAGCCUCUGCGUGUCUGCCCCUUGCGCAUCAGCAUCAGGGAAGAGCUGGACGGCUGA